AUGUCCUCCUCUAAUUUCUAUGCAGCUGAGCCUGCUCCGCCUGUCCUCGCCCACACGCUUCUUCCGGAGCCUAUACCUCCAUGUCGGAGGUCAGAAGCGCAAGAUACUGGUGACUGGAACCUCCGAAAGGACAUCGAAAGCGCAUUCGAUGACUCGAGCAUCUUUCGGUACGGCACUGUAAUCGGUUUCUCCAGACUGAACAACAAGAUCCACGACGACGGAAAUGAACUUAUAGCUCAGCUAACAGCCCCAAAGCUCCCCCGAUACCUCCUCACCCACCAUCUCCUCAAACCCCCCUCUCCCUCCCUUUCAACCCCAAGGGCCUUCAUCAUCCACCCCGCAACUUUCUCCCCCUUCUCCCCCCAGGCCCUCCUCGCCUCUCUCCUCCCCUCCCUCCCGCGCAACAAAGCAAUCGCCCUGCUAGACCACGUCCAGCUCCUCCCCGUCUUCGACUUCGCCGCCGCCCUGCAAGCCAUCAGCAGCGUCGCAGCGGCCCUCCACGUCUCCCGCCCGAAGGAGCACGAGCAGCAGGAUCAGGAGGGGGAGGCCAACGCAACCCUCAACCCCCAACGCACCCUGCUUCUCGUCGCGGGGCUCGACACCCUCACCGAGGGCGUCAUCCGCGCCUCGAACCCGGUCCGCGGCGCCGCGGCGUUGACUGCCGCGCUGCGCACGCUGACACACUUGGCUAGGGCGCAUGCCGGGUGGGUGUCUGUCAUGCUUGUGAAUACGAGCGGGCUUGGAUCAGGGUCAGGGCCGGGAUUAUCGGGUGGGCUUGGGGGUGCUGUGCCGGUGCAAGGUGUGGGUGUGGGUGGGGGUGUGUAUUCUGCCUUCCAUGCGGAGACGGCGUUGCUUUCUACGCUUUUGAUGAGGACGUUGGAUCAGGGGGUUGAUACGCAUCUUUUGCUUUCGACGGUGAGGAUGGAGUAUGUUGUUGAGGUGGUGAAGGAUCGGGCUGGGGACGGGGUUGGGAGGUGGUGUGUUUGGGAGAAGAUGUAG